AUGGAUAGGAUAAGUCAGUUACCUGAUGAUCUUCUCUUGAAAAUAUUGUCGAACCUUCCUUUUACUAAUAAUGUCAUGGCCACAAUGGUUUUGUCAAAGCGGUGGCAAUUUCUUUUGGUGUUGGUGCCAAAGAUCGUCUACGAUGAUGGAUAUAAUAGCCUUAAGCGUGAAAGAUUUAUCCGGUUUGUAGACAGGUCUUUGUUGCUGCACGAGGCCCCAGUUCUAGAAGCUUUGCAUUUUAAACUUGGUAAAACAUGUGGUGUUCAAGAUAUUCGAGUGUGGAUUAGAGAUGCACAUAAACUUUGCCCGCGUGAGCUGAUCAUCGAGAUUGAUAAUUAUUCUGAAAAUGAUACUCCUGUCACACUCUUUAGGAGCUUAUAUAAAUGCUUCAGAAUGCUCGUGACAUUGAAACUAAGUUAUGCGGUUCUAGUGAAUGAUCUUUCUUCCGACAUCUCUUUCCCAUCUCUCAAAAAGCUGAGUCUUAAGGCAAUGGAGUAUCCAGAUGAUGAUUUUGUAGUCAAGCUUUUAUCCAGUUGUCCUGUUCUUGAAGACUUGGAUGUGACGCUAUGUCCAUAUGACAAUGUGGUCAUUUUAAGCGUUAGAGUGCCUUCUCUAAAGACUUUAGUCGUGAAUAUAUUAGACGAAAGAAAAUUAGAAGAUGUUUAUGGGUUUGUGAUAGAUACUCCUGACUUGGAGUGCUUGAAGAUUGAUGAUUACAGUGGAGGGUUUUGUGUCGUCGAGAACAAUAUGCCUAAGAUUUUAAAUGCAGUUGUCUGCUAUCGUGUUCCACAGAUUUUGAUUUUGAAAUCUAUAACUUCAGCUAAGCGCCUUAAUCUUUGCUUACCAACCUCAAAGGUAAUAUGUUAUUACCGGACAGCCAUAUGUUUCUCUAAUCAUGCAUCUAUAAAGGAGAAACAAAACGCUCCUUUUGAAACAGAGAAUUUCAGAACCAAGAAAUUGGAUCAAACAAAGCUUAAGCCCAACACCAUUCAAAAGCCCAACAAAACGAAUAUGGUUCAACGGUCGACUGCAGACAAGAAGGACAUAACAGAGCAGAAGGAAUCUCCAUACAUCCAAGCUGUCGCAAGAGCAGAAGAUGUGAGCGGUCUCAAGGUUCUGCAGAUAGAGACAAAGAACGUCUUCAAUGCUCUCAACCUCCUCUGUGAUAAAGACAUGUGUCAAUGA